CCCGCACCUCUCACUACGUACAGUACAAGAGUACUUCAAACCGAUGUACGAAGAGUACUCGGUGACUGUGCUCCGAACCACCUCCCGUUUCCACUACUCUUAUACCCACUUAGCAGUUAAGCACUCCUCAAAUUUCAUUCUAUCCUCGCACGUGGGCUACCAGUGUCGCGUGCUAGCUUUCUAGCUCCGACCGGUGUCGCACAUUUAGAGCCAUGGGUGCUCGCCGGCCGCAAUGAAGGGACUAUAUGAAGCCCCCCAGCUCGCUGGGGGAAGACCUCGUCAAUUGUUGUUUCUUGCUAACAGGAAGACUGUGAUUGCGGUUACAAUGGGAUUUUUUACCGCUCUGCUCUCCCUCUACCUCCUCUCAGGAGCAUCCGCCGGUCCGGUGGUUAGAUCCUCCAAGCAGAACUCCUCAUCCUGCGACAGUGUCAACGGGGGCUAUAAUUGCUUCUCCGAGAUUUCGCAUCUCUGGGGCCAGUAUUCCCCUUACUUCUCGGUUGAGGAUGAGUCCGUCUCUCCCACUAUCCCGAAGGGCUGCCACGUCACCUUUGCACAAGUGAUCUCCCGCCACGGUGCACGGUAUCCCACUGCAUCCAAGUCCGCAAAAUAUGCCAAGGUGAUCGCAAAGAUUCAGGCCAAUGCGACAUCUUACAAGGGGGACUAUGCGUUCUUGGAGACCUACAACUACACCUUGGGGUCGGACGAUCUGACUUCCUUCGGGGAGCAGCAAAUGGUCGACUCGGGAAUCAAGUUCUACCGGCGCUAUGAGUCUCUGGCGAGGGACGGCACUCCUUUCGUUCGCGCAUCUGGGUCAAGCCGGGUGAUUGAAUCGGGCCAGAAGUUCAUCCAAGGCUUCCAAAACACGAAGCUCAAUGACACCUUGGCCCUGCCCGGUCAGCUUGCUCCCUUGGUCAAUGUGGUGAUCUCCGAAAGCACCAACGCCAACAACUCGCUGGAUCCCAGUACCUGCACGGUCUUCGAGAACAGCGAACUGGGGGAUGACGUUGUAGCCAACUUCACUGCCCUCUUUACGCCACCCAUCUUGAAGCGGCUGGAGAAGAACAUCCCUGGAGCGAACCUCACGGCCAAAGAGAUCGUCUAUCUUAUGGACAUGUGCUCCUUCGAUACUAUCGCACAGCCCAAGCCCGAGACUCAGCUCUCCCCGUUCUGCGAUCUCUUCACUCAUGCGGAAUGGGAGCAAUACAACUACCUCCGUUCCCUGGAGAAGUACUACGGGUACGGUGCUGGAAACCCUCUUGGCCCGAGCCGGGGGGUGGGCUUCACCAACGAGUUGAUUGCUCGUCUGACACAUACCCCGGUCCAUGACGAGACGAGUACCAACCGCACUCUAGACUUGAGCCCAGCCACGUUCCCCUUGAACUAUACCCUCUAUGCGGACUUCACCCACGACAACGGGAUGAUCCCUAUCUUCUUCGCCUUGGGCCUGUACAACGGCACCAAACCCUUGUCAAAGACGAAGGUAGAGUCGAUGAAAGAGGCCGAUGGGUUCUCGGCGGCAUGGACCGUACCAUUCGGUGCGCGUGCCUACGUUGAGAUGAUGCAGUGCAAAGCACAGCCAGAGCCUCUUGUGCGGGUGCUAGUCAAUGACCGCGUGGUGCCCCUGCACGGCUGCGCGGCUGAUAAGCUAGGCCGAUGCAAGCGGGAUGACUUUGUGCGAGGAUUGAGCUUUGCUAGAUCUGGUGGGAACUGGGACCAAUGUUUUGCCUGAUGUUGAUGCAUUUUCGUCAGCCAUUUAUCUCUAAACUACUUGUACUGGUAGCAAUGCGGGCUACCCGGGCUCUGUGAGCAAAUCAAUUUUCUUUCUCAAUACAGCCUAGCUAGUGCAGCGUUAGCCAUACGUGGUAAAAGUGUUC